AUGAUGGACGACCUGGCUUCCGAGGAGGACACCCUGCUCCUUUCGGAAAAAGAGCUCCACGACGCAGCCAAACGAAAUGACGCGGCACGGAUGGAGGAGCUGAUCAAGAGGGGGGUGGACGUCAAUGCCAAGAAUAAUGUAGACCGGACGCCUCUCCACUGGGCCGCAGGAGCGGGGCAUGAGCAGGCGGUGCGGCUUCUGCUCGACCACGACGCCUUGGUGGACGACGAGGACAUCUUUGGGAUGAACGCGCUCCUGCUGUCCGCUUGGUUCGGCCACCUGCGUGUCCUUCAGAUGCUCGUAAAUGCCGGUGCCAAAAUCAGCCGUGUGAACAAGAAUGGCCGCAACCUGCUGCAUUGCGCAGCUCAGAGGGGUCACCUCAGAGUGAUCGAGUUCAUCAUGGAAGACCUGGAGGAUGUACGGCUGGAUAAGAAAGACAAGAUGGACAGAACCGCAUUCCACCUGGCUGCAGAAGGCGGACACUUGGAUGUGGUGGAGUUCCUGAUUGGCUGUGGCUGCAAUUACAGCAUCAAGGACAAGGAGAAGAAUACGGCCCUCCACGUAGCUGCGAAGAACGGCCAUACAGGGGUUGUCCAGAAGCUCGUAGAAGUCGGGAUGAACCUUGACGAGAAUAACAUGGAAGGGCUGACCUCGCUGCACUUGGCUGCCGAAGGUGGACAUCUCGACAGCGUGAAGCUGCUCUUGGGGGCAGGGUGUGACGUUAAUGCCCAAACGCAGAAAAAGAUGACCUGCCUCCACUACGCCGUGCUGAAUGGCUCUGAAGACAUGGUCAGGGUCCUGAUGGAUGCCGGAAUCCAGACCGACGCACUGAAUUACCAAAAUGCAUCAGCUAUGCACACCGCGGUGCUACACAACCACCCAGCCAUAGUAAAACUUCUCAUCGAUGCUGAAUGUGACCUGGACAUCCCUGAUUAUAGGCAGCAAAGUCCUCUUCAUAUUGCAGCAGAACACGGAAGGCAGGACAUCACCGAAAUGAUCCUUAUCGCCGGGGUGAACUUAAAGCGAACAGAUAAGCAAGGGAAGACAUCCCUGGAUAUCGCUGCGCGUGGCAACCACAUCAACCUGGCCGAUAUGAUCAUCAAAGCAGACAGGUUUUAUAAAUGGGAGAAGGAUAACCUGAACAGCGACUCGGACUCCUGGGUAGCCAAGCACUUAACCUUCAAGCAGGACCACCGCUUGGAGACGCAACACAUCCGCUCAGUCCUGUGGAGGCUCGCGACCAAAUACCUCCGUCCCGGCGAGUGGAAGAAGUUGGCGCAUUAUUGGAAGUUCACCGAGGCCCACAUCCGAGCCAUUGAACACCAGUGGGCAGGAACCAAAAGUUACAGGGAACACGGCCAUAGGAUGCUGCUGAUAUGGCUUCACGGAGUGAUCAUGGCCGGUGACAACCCAACCAAAGGACUCUACGAAGGCCUCGUAGGAAUUGGGAGGCGAGAUUUGGCAGAGAGCAUCAGGAAACAAGCCAACGCCGAUGUCGCUUCUCCAAAGAUGUGUACGGCAAUGUGA